GCGGGAUCGAGGCACAUGCGCAGCCGCCGCCAUUGUUCUUGGAUCAGUGGAAGGGGAUAUUAGUGUCAUUUUUCUGGACAUUUUUUCGUUGGAAAGGACCUAUUUUAAACCAAAAAGUGUGCCGAUUGCUUCUUUAACAACAUUUUGUGUGAUCAGACUGUGAAAAGACAUUUGUUAUCCCUUCAAGGACUCAAAAUCUUAGUGUGAUGUCUGCAAGUGUAGAUCAGAGGACAAAAGGACAGCCAAAUCAAGUGUCCAAUGGUCCCAAUAAAGAUUCCGUCGUGAAAGACGAAGAGUUCGACCAAUACCUUCAACCACCCCACCAGCAGGCUGGCUACAGUACCGCACCAAUGUCAAGCCCUGGAGUUUCCGACCCCUUCCUGCCCAGUUACUACACUCCGUCGAUGUCGUUUCCGUACAUGGACCAAGGACUUGGUGCUGGACCCUGGUCAAAUGGCGGGGACCCACCUAUGUUUUCAAUGACCAGUUAUGACUACAAUGGAAUUUUCAAUAGUUUUGGUUACCCACCAUUUGGGUGGGACUACUCACCGGACUAUUGGGGAAAUGCAGGCCAGGGACAGAAAAAUAACCGACAAUACACUGAGGAAUAUUACCGGCCUGAUCAAAUGAUGCCAGCUGAGGCUUAUACUGGUAUGAAUGGUGAACUUGAUCGUGAUGGCGUUAAUAGUGUGGAACAGGGAUUGAAAGGAAUGAACUUGGGAGAUGGAAAGAAAAUGGAGAGUGUUGGAAAUGAUAUGGGGGGUGAACAGAAUGGUAAUGUGGGUGGACCUCAGGGGCCUCCCAUGGUGACUGGGGGUGGGUCCCAAGCUCCAAAGAAAGCAUCUUGGGCUGCCAUUGCAAGUCAGCCAGCACGUCCUCAGCCUCAGAUGAAACCAAGGACAAUUCCAAGAGCGCCUGUGAACCCCAACAAGCAUAACAUGGACAUUGGCACUUGGGACAAUCGAGGAAACUCUGGUAACCGCCAACAGCAGCAGCCAAGACAGGGAUUUAGUGCUCCUCGACGACAAAUGACACCGUACAAUUCUGGGAACUCAACUUCUAACAACCAAAACAACUCUGGUGGCAAUGCAGGAGGCAGUUCGUCAACCUCUGCAUCUGCAUCUGCUUCGGCAAGUGCUGCUGCUGCAGUAUCGCACCCUGUGUUGGACAGGCUGAAAUCGGUCAAUCAGUAUAAUCCCAAAGAGUAUAAUUUGAACCCCAAAGGAGCCCGCUUCUUUGUUAUCAAGAGCUAUUCGGAGGAUGAUAUUCACCGAUCGAUUAAGUACAGCAUCUGGUGUAGUACAGAACAUGGAAACAAACGACUAGAUGCUGCCAUCCGUGAGCGAGAAGGAAAGGGGCCUGUCUAUCUUCUGUAUAGCGUGAACGGUAGUGGCCAUUUCUGUGGAUUGGCUCAAAUGAUGUCGCCUGUGGAUUAUUUGAAAAAUUGUGGCGUAUGGGCUCAGGAUAAGUGGAAGGGUUCCUUUGAAGUGAAGUGGAUCUAUGUCAAGGAUGUCCCAAACAGCCAGCUGCGACACAUACGCCUGGAGAACAAUGAGAAUAAACCCGUGACAAACUCUCGGGACACUCAGGAGGUUCCACCAGAGAAAGGCAAACAAGUGUUGAAAAUCUUCCACAAUUAUAAGCACACAACGUCGAUCUUUGAUGACUUUAUUCACUAUGAGAAGCGCCAAGAAGAAGAUGUUAAGAAGUAAAUGGCGGCGUGCUGUGUUGUUCUUGGCAAACUAUGUAAAGGAUGUAAAAGUAACUCCCAAUGAGGAUUUUAAUGCCAAGCAACGAGAACUGAUGAUUUUGCCAUUGUGACACAAUUUAUCUAUUUCUGGUUAUGGAAUGGACAUUUUUCAAGGAUUUAGACAACCUAGUAAGACAUCGUCUUAGAAGACAUAAAAUUCACCUAAUACUUUACGAAUCAAUUUUAUUGUGGAUGUGUACCACAAAUAAUCCAUGAUGGAAACUGACGUCAACAGACCAAUGUAGCUUGUUGUACUGAUGCCUAGAUGGGUAAUCUUCCUUGGUAAAGGGAGGCAACCUGUCUAAGACUUGUCUUCAGAUGCUCUCUACCUGAUCGAAGGUUUUAACACUCAGCUGCCACUCUGGGUCAAGACUCAAAGCCUCAUGGUUUUACAUUAGGCUACACAAGUGGACAAGAUUGUGCCGUGAUAAUUCUUUUAAAUGUGAAAAACUUGAAAACUCAUGAAAGACUUCAAAUCGUGAUAAAAACACUUUUCCAGUGAUACAAACUCAGAACUUCAGUGAAAAACUAAGUUGUUUUUAAAACAUUCGUGUACUGAUUGCAGCAAAACAAGUUUGGAGCAGAUGAUUUUGUGGCCAAUAUGGCAUCGUGUCUCUUCAAUCAUGGAGCAAGCGAGCGCCAUUGUUGUUGCUACAGGACUUGCAGCUUGUGCCCGUGGGAUUGGUAGCAUUUUGUUUCAGUUAUCCCAAUAAAGUGUAUACUAAGCAUGUGUAUGUAGAGCUUCGUUGAUUCUUUACACAGAUUAUUUCCUCUCAUUUAGUGCUCUGUUUAGGUUGCUCAUCGUUUUGUCAGGCACUGAAAUUGCAAGUAUACUUUCGAGAAAGAUGAAAUGAAAUAUUGUCUGAAUGAGAUUGAUGUUUCAAGCCAAAUUUAUUGCUCACGAUACACUAGAGACUGUUGUAUACAUAUUAUUACAGUGAAUAUGAGUAUUUUAUGUAUUCUUGUGUCCUAUAACAUUUUGCCUACAGGAAAUUAUAUUAUCUUGCUUUUUAAAUUUUUGUAAACGUCUGGAUGGGUUUUGAUAUAUUUACACAAGAGAAGUUUGAAGCGAAUACGCAGAUUAAGGAGCAUUCCAUGUGAUUUUGAAUAUGAAAGUGCGUUUGAGAAAUGAAAACUAUGCAUUUUCAUAAUUACAUGGACGUGAAAUAUUUCACAAAGCAUCCAUUCAAUAUCUCUGCCAGGACAAUGUUGUGAACUUUGUGUAUACAAUAACUUUUUGCAUCUUGGAACCUGAGAUUUGGUGUAAUUGAAUACACUUGGCUUCCCCAAAUUUCAACAGAUGGACAAAUAGGUGAUGCUAAUCUGGAGCACAACAGGUAAUGCUUGCUCUGAUUCGAGAUGUCAUUUCUCUUUUGUUACUGGAAGUGAUCAUGAAUCUGAGGAAACAAUUUUCUAAAUGAGAGGAAAUAAUCAUUCAAUCGUAUCAUUGUUUUCAAAUUCACCUAAUCUGAAGGAGUAGGAUUUUAUUUGAUUUUGCUGAUCUAGUAGUAGUGCUGACGGUCCUCAUCAAGUUAUGAUUUUUCCUUCAUUCGUAUCCAGGCUCAAAGGUUUCCAUAUUACAACUAUACAAUGUUUGAAUGUUUAUCAUAGUUGUCAAAAAGAUAUGUAAUGGAAUAAAAUGUUGACAAGAUAAAGUGUG